AUGAAUUGCAUUGAUGCUCAGAGAGUGCAGUUUGGUAAUCACAUGCUGGAGAAGGAAGUUGAGGAUUGGUGGGGCAAUAUGGCUCAGAGGUUUCCGGAGAUUAUCAAGUAUUGUCCUCACUACAAUACUAUGAAUGCAGAGAGAUCUAAGUGUGUGAAGUUUGUCAAUGGUUUGAGGCCUGAUAUCAAGAAGGCAAUUGGUUACCAGCAGAUUACUUGUUUUAUGGAGUUGGUUAACAAGAAUCAGAUCUAUGAUGAGGAUAGUAGGGAGAGUGCUUCUCACUACAUGGCUAUGAACGAGAAGGAAUGUCAAUUCCGUGGGAAAUUGUAUGAUGGUAAAGGAAAGCAGAAAGCUGGUAAUGGCAAGAAACCAAGUGGGGGAGGAUCUCACACUCCUGUCAAGUGCUAUAGGUUUGGUGUUGAGGAACAUUGUAUUUCUGAAUGUCCUCAUUCUGAUGCGACGUGUUUCAAGUGUGGCAAGGUGGGUCACAAGUCUCAUGAGUUUAGAAGUGGUUCAAAAGUGGCUUGCUAUAAUUAUGGAGAGCAAGGUCACAUUAGUACCAAGUGUGACAAAUCGAAGAAGGAUCAAGCGAAGGGGAAAGUGUUUGCAUUGUCUGGUGCGGAGGUGAUCUGCUGUCGCACAUGA